GAUCAUGAUAAAUGGGGGCAUAAACAAAAGUGUUUAUAAUUUGGUUUAGUGUAUAUUUAUAUUUUAGGUUCUUCAGAAUAGCCAUCCUUUCCCUUGAUUACAACUUUGCACAUGCUUGGCAUUCUCUCAAUCAGACUGAACUCUUAAGCCUGAAUGCCAACAUAUGUGUCUGGAAAAAUAAUGUACUGCUCAUCACCUGGCUAAUAUCAUACCUAGUGAUACUGCAUUGUGGUGGGAGCAUCAUGCUCUAUGGAUGCUUUUCAUGCUUUGCAGGGAGUCUAAUCGGGAUUGAGGGAAUGAUGAACGGAAAUAAAAUGAAGAGGUCCUUGAAUAAAACAUUAUCAGAGUGCCCAGAACCUCAGAUUGAGGCAAUGGUUAAUCUAUUAGCAUAACAACAACCUGAAAAAUACAGCCAGGACAACACUGGUGUGGCUUUCAGACAAGUAUGUGAAUGCCCUUGAGUGGCCCAGCCAAAGCCUGGACUUUAACCCUAUUGAACUUAGAGAGAACUAAAUAUUGCAGUUCUCUGAUGCUCCCCAUCCAACCAGACCAAGCUUGAGAGUAUCUGCCUGGAAGAAUUGGAGAAACUGCCCAAAUCCAGGUGUGCAAAGAUGGCAUGGUGAAUGUGCUUCUAUAAAAUACUGAAUUAAGGGUCUGAUCCUGAUGUACACAAGAUAUUUAAGUUAUACAUUUUUGAUAAAUUGGUACACAUUUCUAAAAAUAUGUUUUAACCUUCAUUAUGGGACAUUGUGUGAAGAUAGGUCGGGAGAAAACGUUAUAAAUUUAGUCAAUUGCACAACAAAGCGUGUAGAAAACUGAUGCGGUCUGAUGCCACGUCUGAAAUCUGAUCUGAUUGGUUAAAAUAUCCAAUAAUGGAUAAUCAUCAGAAUUGGGCUCCCAGUGUGAAUGCAGCCAUGUUACUUGUACACCUCUGGAGAUGUAACAUGUUGGGUUUACGCCAGGAACUAGCCUAUUCCCUGCUGUAAUUGACAGCAGCAGCUCAAUGAUAUUGGUGUUGCUGUCAGCAGCUAUAAGGUGGUAAGGGGUUCACUUUACGACUGGAGAUUUGGAUUGCCUCUAGAACGUAUAUUUGCAGUGUAAAUUUUAUAAAGUCUUCGAGCAUGUUGUGACUGAUUAGUAUUUAAAAUGCUUUAUUUGACCAAUUCUGAAUAUUACUAAUUUAUCUAAAAAGUGUGUUGUUUACAUCCAUUAACGAUACCUACCUAUUUCUACUUCGUCGCUGCGUUAUCCUGUGGAUACAGGAAACCAGUUUUUCACGUCAAGUCCUUUUUUCUGGGUAUUUUUUUGCGCAUGUGCAAGUCUUUCUAACUUGACAACAUUUUCCGUGACAUCAACAAAUUGACAGUUGAAUUAGUCAAUAACCGUACUGGAUUUAAGUUACGUCAUGAACUUACAUAUACGUUCUACUUUCAGGGAUCCAAUCACGUAGUGGUGUACUGUCUCAGGUUGUACGUUCCCAACUCCUCAAAUUCCGUAUGAGUUCAAUUCUAAACUCAGGGAAAGCUUCUCUAUACACGCACACUGACUACGAGCUAGCUAUGUAGUUUAGCAGUGAACACAAUUAUAUUGGGUGACUGAUGAAGUCAGGCAGUAGUUUUUGAUACUUUUUAUACUUAUUUUAGGGGUGGUCAUUUCGGUAAUUGAAUACAUACACUUCUGCAAACUGCCUUUAUUAUUAGCAUUUUAACAAAAUCUAGCUACCCGCUUCGGUUGGUUGAAAUGUCUCUACAGACCGGCGGAAAAGAUGGAAGGGCGAAUAGAACCGUGUUAUGUGUCCUGCUGCCUCUGGCUGUCGCGGUGUUUUUGUCGGCCGGAGUUGCUGGGAUGCAGACUCCGGAGGAACACAAACCAGUUCAAGAACAACCGCCACAAGAGAAAGUACAUACUACUCGUGCUGUUAACACAGUGGUCAGUGAAAAUGACUCCAGCAAAUCUGGUGACCUGGGCUUCAUCCAUGCCUUUGUGGCUGCUAUCUCUGUCAUAGUUGUCUCGGAACUGGGAGACAAGACUUUCUUCAUUGCUGCCAUCAUGGCUAUGCGCUACAACCGCCUUACAGUGCUGUUAGGGGCUAUGCUAGCCCUUGGCUUUAUGACCUGCCUCUCAGUUAUGUUUGGCUAUGCCACAACAGUUAUCCCCAGGAUCUACACAUACUACGUGUCCACAGCUCUGUUUGCCAUCUUUGGUGUGCGCAUGCUGAGAGAGGGACUGAAGAUGAGUGCAGACGAGGGUCAGGAGGAGUUAGAAGAGGUCCAGGCCGAGAUUAAAAAGAAGGAUGAAGAGCUCCAGCGGGCGAAGCUUCUGAAUGGGGCUCCAGAUGUGGAGUUGGGCUCAGGGUCCAGUCAUCCGCAGAGGAAGUGGCACAGCUUUAUCUCGCCUGUGUUCGUUCAGGCGUUCACCCUUACCUUCCUGGCAGAGUGGGGAGAUCGCUCUCAGCUCACCACCAUCAUCCUGGCUGCCCAGGAGGAUCCUUUUGGAGUGGCUGUGGGCGGUACUCUGGGACACUGUUUGUGCACAGGACUGGCUGUGAUUGGAGGAAGGAUGAUUGCACAGAAGAUCUCUGUCAGAACUGUUACAAUCAUUGGUGGGAUCAUGUUCCUGGGCUUUGCCUUAUCCGCCCUCUUCUUCAAGCCAGAGGUUUGAUUCUGACUGGAGGAUGGACUUCCUGGCAAAAGUUGUACAUAACUGUAAAGUUCAACGAUUCAUUUAGAGAAGCUGUAUUCUUGUCGCGUGUGUGUCUUUGAGUGUGACAGUUGUACUGUACUGUGUGUGUGUGUGUGUGUGUGUGUGUGUGUGUGUGUGUGUGUGUGUGUGAAACAGAGUACUCUAAUGGGAUUGAGUCUGUAUGAAUGUAGCACCCGAAUGUCCUCUUGUCUUACUGAGUCUGUGAUCCCUCACGUUCUGAAUCUUGUAACUUCCACACAUAAACAAGACGACGUACCUCCCCCUCACACUCAAUGCCGAGCUUUGGUCAGUUUAUUCGAUCAAUCCCCAUCUUUAGUUAUUUUAAUAUGCUUUAAGAGCAGCUUGUUGGUCGUUGGACCGCAUGGACUAGUGUUGCUGAGCAGCUAUGUCUCCUGGCUGACCGCUGACCCCAGGCCAGUCUUGUGGAGGAGGUCAGUGAUCGGGCCAUGGUGGAGAGCUCUGUGGUCAGGUAGACUUAACUCCUGUAUAUGUUGUUGCCCUCAAUGUCAUCUGAAAAUGGAAACAGGGCCUUCCCUUUAAUCAUUGGACUUUUCCGGAUGUGUCAGCAAUUUGGCAAUUUAGCUUUGGCUGUGUACAUCCGGCGAUUUCCAUUUGCUAGAUAGACAUGCUAGCCAAUAUCAUUAAAGGUGCAGUAACCCAUUCAGUAAUGUCUAGAUUGUGGUCUAACAGUGAAGAAACACAGCUUUUGUCUGCACCUGAAAGUGGUACUGAGGUUUAUAGAAGUUGUGUCUGAGACACAUUGGUGAAGAAAUCAUGGGAAUAAAUAUUAUAACUUGAUCUUAAAUUUCAUUGUCAUACAGGACAAUUUCUCAAAAGACAUAGUUGUUGGUUACAGUAUUUAUUUACGACUUGGGAGCAUGGGAAUUAUAAUAUUGUUAAUGAUAGUAGUUUUACCUUCUUUUUUUUUUUAGUACUUAGACAAAAACUUUUACAGGGUAAUGUCAUGUCAUUGUCAAUAUUUGACAAGUUGUACCCUGAGACUGCCUAGUCUCAAACCUGAUCCUAGGCAACAGUGACUAGGCUCCGGUUUCAAUUAUGGACUCUUUUGGGAACUUGGUAUAAGAAAAGAGAAUUCAGGGGUGGGUCCCCUCCAAACAGAACACUCCCCUAACAAAGGCAGACAUGCUAGAAUGUCACAAUUAGAAUCCAAAGUUGUCAUACUUUUUAGUAGUAAUAUAAAUGUAGGUAGUUGAUUCGAGCCACUUACAAAAUGCACUCAUUACAUAUAACCUCUGAUCUGCAUCUUGCUAGUUACUAAUUAGCUUUUUAUUCAAAUUUAAAAUGUAGAAACAUUUCCUUUAUGCCAACAGUCUGUCAUUUAUACUAGACUACACAGUCACUGUUGUCUAGGGUUGGGUUUUCCACACUACUGACAACUAUGUAUGCUCUUUUGCUAUACAGAUUAAUUUUGGAUUAUUGAAGCCUGAUCAUUGUAAAUGCUCAAUAAAACCUCAUGCCUACCCUGAACUCUAA